UCCUCCGUCCCGUCGACGAACAGAGCGGUCCGUGCCAUGCCGCGGCAGGGACGACGGGGAAGAGGGCGCGACCGGCCGGGCCGCGCCUGAGCGACGUGGGGGUGAUCGGGGGGCGGCGCCAAUGGACGAAUCCGGAGACGCGGGGAGGGGAGGGAGGGGCGGCGGGAGGUCGAAGCUGAAUGGGGGCCGCUCGUCGGUUCGGCUCGGCGUGCGGAUGGAGUUCAGGUUCUCCAGCUUCCACGCCGUUCAGGUACCAGUGGUAUCAGACAGGCUGCUCAUUACAAUCACGUCAGUAGACAGUGGAAAAACAAUCGCCAAGUCAAGUAAAGCGGCUGCUCUUAAUGGAACCUGUCAAUGGCAUGACUCCAUCCUGCAAACAAUCCGGUUUCCUAAAGAUGAAGUGUCACAAGAAUUUCAGGAGUGUCAGUGCAAGAUUGUUGUUUCCAUGGGAUCAACAAGAACUGCUAUUCUUGGGGAAGCGUACCUAAAUUUGACGAACUAUCUCAGUUCAUCAGACUUCACUGACAUCUCUUUGCCAUUGAAGAGGUGCAAUUCUGGCACAGUUUUACAGCUUAAGAUUCAAUGUCUUGGCGCAAAAUCUAAAUCAAGUGAGAAAUCAUGGAAAGGGCUAUCUUCUAGUCUGAAGGACUCUAGUCCAACCAAUGAUGAGAUGGACAAAAAGCCAAACGUCUUUGACAUUAUGUUGAAGUUGAACAAGGGUGCUCAGUCUUUGUCAGAAAAUCAUUUAGAAGAUGAUUAUGAAGACAAAUCUGGAAAUAGGGAUGCAAGUUUCUCAGCAUCAAAAUCUCAUGGUGAUGAUUCAUCCAAACAUCACCUUGACACCUCCGAAGAAAAACUUGAGGAAUUACGUAACGCGGCAAAAAUGUGGGAGAGACAUUCUCGCAAGUUGAAAAUUGAACGGAAGACAUUGAAGAAUGAGUGUGCUGACAAAUCCAAGCAACAGGCUGAGCUUGAACGGCAACUUUCUGCUUCACUUUCUGAACAGAAUUCCUUGAGGCAAGAGAUUGAACACGUAACAGACCAACUGAACAAGACCCAAGAGACCAAUUUAGAGCUUCUUUCCAUUCUCCAAGAACUAGAAGAAACUAUAGAACUACAGAGAGUGGAAAUGUCCAAACUUCCCCAAGCAAGUGAUGUGGCUGAUCACGAGGUCUCCAAAAGCGAAUCCACAGUUCAAGAAGCUGCAGACUGGGCUAGAAUACUGUCAAUAAAAGAAGAUGAAAUCACAGUAUUGAGGGAGAAAUUGAACCGUGUUCUCAAAAUGGAGAAUGCAGAUGGUGCACACCCAGAUGCUAUUUAUCUUGAAUUGGAAAAAGAAAAUGAUUUUUUGAAGGUCAAAAUACAGGAGCUUGAGAAUGACUGUUCUGAAUUAACGGAGGAAAAUUUGGGGCUUAUAUACAAGUUGAAAGAAGCGAGUGGGGUGGGGAAAGAAGAGGAUCCCUGCAUUUCUAAUAGUGAAGAAAUGCCCGAUGUGGGAAGCCCAACAUAUAAGAUAAAAUACCUAGAGAGCAAAUGUGCUGACCUUGAGUUGAAUCUGCAGAAUUUUAGGUCAGAGUUCAGUGGUCUAGAAGAGAAGUUCCAGAAAAGCCAAGAAGAGUUACAAGAGAAAACACUUGAAUUAUCUGAGCUGAGGGAAAAGCUCUCCCAUGCCACUGAGCUGGAGGGGGCAGACACUGGUAGUUCAAGACAUUACAGACUGAGAAGUGGAGAACCUGAUGAUACUGAAACUGACUUAGAUGUGUUGAAGCGUACAGUUCAGCUGAAAGAACAAGAGAUCGAUGGUUUGCAACACUGUACGAGAGAAAUGGAGAACACCAUUGCUGAUAUUCAGAAAGAGAAGAGUCAGUUAGAGGAACGUUUGGCAGCAUCACUUCAAGAAAGUAGCAUGACUUCAAAAUGCUUGGAUGAAGCGCAUGAAGAUCUCGUGCUUACCAGCAGUGUAGAUUCCCAUGUUUCUGCCAAUGAGGUUCUCGAAACAAAGAUCAGUGAGCUUGUGCGUACAGUUCAGCUGAAAGAACAGGAGAUCGAUGGUUUGCAACAUUGUGCGAGAGAAAUGGAGAACACCAUUGCUGAUAUUCAGAAAGAGAAGAGCCAGUUAGAGGAACGUUUGGCAGCAUCACUUCAAGAAAGUAGCAUGACUUCAAAAUGCUUGGAUGAAGUGCAUGAAGAUCUCGUGCUUACCAGCAGUGUAGAUUCCCAUGUUUCUGCCAAUGAGGUUCUCGAAACAAAGAUCAGUGAGCUUGUGCGUACAGUUCAGCUGAAAGAACAGGAGAUCGAUGGUUUGCAACAUUGUGCGAGAGAAAUGGAGAACACCAUUGCUGAUAUUCAGAAAGAGAAGAGUCAGUUAGAGGAACGUUUGGCAGCAUCACUUCAAGAAAGUAGCAUGACUUCAAAAUGCUUGGAUGAAGUGCAUGAAGAUCUCGUGCUUACCAGCAGUGUAGAUUCCCAUGUUUCUGCCAAUGAGGUUCUCGAAACAAAGAUCAGUGAGCUUGUGCGUACAGUUCAGCUGAAAGAACAGGAGAUCGAUGGUUUGCAACAUUGUGCGAGAGAAAUGGAGAACACCAUUGCUGAUAUUCAGAAAGAGAAGAGUCAGUUAGAGGAACGUUUGGCAGCAUCACUUCAAGAAAGUAGCAUGACUUCAAAAUGCUUGGAUGAAGCGCGUGAAGAUCUCGUGCUUACCAGCAGUGUAGAUUCCCAUGUUUCUGCCAAUGAGGUUCUCGAAACAAAGAUCAGUGAGCUUGUGCGUACAGUUAUGCUGAAAGAACAGGAGAUCGAUGGUUUGCAACAUUGUACUAGAGAAAUGGAGAACACCGUUGCUGAUAUUCAGAAGGAGAAGAGUCAGUUAGAGGAACGUUUGGCAGCAUCACUUGAAGAAAGUAGCAUGACUUCAAAAUGGUUGGAUGAAGCGCGUAAAGAUCUCCUUGUGCUUACCAGCAGUGCAGAUUCCCAUGUUUCUGGCAAUGAGGUUCUUGAAACAAAGAUCAGUGAGCUUGCGCAUACUGUUAUGCUGAAAGAACAGGAGAUCGAUGGUUUGCAACAUUGUACUAGAGAAAUGGAGAACACCAUUGCUGAUAUUCAGAAGGAGAAGAGUCAGUUAGAGGAACGUUUGGCAGCAUCACUUGAAGAAAGUAGCAUGACUUCAAAAUGGUUGGGUGAAGCGCGGGAAGAUCUCAUUGUGCUUACCAGCAGUGUAGAUUCCCAUGUUUCUGCCAAUGAGGUUCUCGAAACAAAGAUCAAUGAGCUUGCGCGUACAGUUAUGCUGAAAGAACAGGAGAUCGAUGGUUUGCAACAUUGUACGACAGAAUUGGAGAACUCUAUUUCUGAUAUUCAGAAGGAGAAGGAUCAGCUAGAGGAACGUUUGGCGGCAUCACUUGAAGAAAGUAGCAUGACUUCAAGAUGCUUGGUUGAAGCACGGAAAGACAUCGUUGUGCUUACCAGCAGUGUAGAUUCCCAUGUUUCUGCAAAUGAGGUUCUCGAAACAAAGAUCAAUGAGCUUGUGCGUACAGUUAUGCUGAAAGAACAGGAGAUUGAUGGUUUGCAACAUUGUACGACAGAAAUUGAGAACACUAUUUCUGAUAUCCAGAAGGAGAAGGAUCAGCUAGAGGAACGUCUGGCGUCAUCACUUGAAGAAAGUAGCAUGAUUUCAAAAUGCUUGGAUGAAGCGCGAGAAGAUCUCCUUGUGCUUAACAGUAGCGUAGAUUCUUAUGCUUCUGCCAAUAAGGUUCUCGAAACAAAGAUUAGCGAGCUUGAAAGCCGCAGAGUUGAACUAGAGUUGCUUGUAACAAAGCUGGAACAAGAGAAUAUUGAGUUUUCAGAGUUCAUAUCUGAACUAGAGGCUCAGUUGACUACUCUCACAAGUGAAGAGGAGUCAACCAAGCUAGAAAUGGAUUAUUCUAUAUCACUUAUCGCAAAUCUUAAGGAUUUAGUAGAACAUCAGCAAGCAGAAAUGGAAGUUCAAAAGCUGGAAAUGAAGCAAAAGCAUUUGGAGUCCCAGACUAGAUUGUCAGAAGUACAAGAGGAUUCGGAGGUUCUAAGAAGAUCAAAUGCAAAGCUACAGGCCACAAUUGAUAGUGUUGCGGAAGAAUGCAGUUCUCUUCAGACUCUAACAGCUGACCUAAAGAAGCAGAAGCUGGAAUUACAUGAUCAUUGUGCACAGCUGGAGCAGCAAUUAGAUCAAUCAAAAAGGAAGACAAUGGAUUUGUUCGAAACAGCGGAGUUCCUAGAGGCAAAACUCUCUACGCUUCAAAAAGAGGUAACUUUAAAAGAGCAAUCUUUGCUUUCAGAGUUGGAGAAUAUAUUCCAGGAGCACAAGGAACAUGAAGAAAGGAUAAAUAGUGCACAUUUUCUUUUACACAAGAUAGAGAAUGAAAAGAUUGGUGAAGUGAAGAAUCUUGAGAGGGAGGUCAUGAGCCUUAAUGCACAGCUGUCCUCCACAGACGGGGAGCGAGAAAGUGCCGCCUUGGAUAGCAUACACGAGGUCUCCAUCCUGCGAGCAGACAAGGCUAAACUUGAGGCUAACCUUGAAGAUGUCAGUGCACAGAUGAGACAUUAUCAGUCUCAGUUGGAAGAUCUUCGUACAGAGUCUAAAACCAAAAUUAAAGGCCUGAUUGAUUCACUUAACGCAUCCAAACAUAAUGAGGAAACGCUGACAACAGAUGUUGAGCAUAUGACAAGAUUGAUGGAAGCUGCUAGAUCCAAUGAAGAAAACUUAAGGAAAACUUCAGACGAACUAGAGUUGAAGUAUAAAUCCAGUGAUUACGAGAAACAGCAAGUAAUGGAGGAAAUUUCUGGACUAAAAAUCCAGGUUAACAAAAUGGCAAGCAUCCAAGAUGAAGUUUUCAAACUACAAAGUUCACUUGAUCAUGCUAAGUUUGAAAAGGCAAAAUUAGAAGAGCUUCUGCAGUCACUAUCUGAAGAAUGUGAAGAACUAAAGGUGCAGAAGGCCAUGUUAACAGACAAAGUCUCUUGUAUCCAGAGAACUUUGCAUGAUGCUGACGAAGAAAACCGUCGUAAAUCCACUCAAGCAAAGCUUGCAGUAAAUAAGGGUAAUGAUGACGCUGCUAAUGACAAUGGAGGUACUCAUGUUAAUGAAGAUCCAGACAUUCACUCAAAGCUAGAAUUACUGGAGACUAGACUUGCUGAUGUAUUGGAGGAAAAUAAAUCAUAUAGGGCGCAGCUGCAAAGUCCAAUUGGAGAGGGACAACUCGGUAGCAGGGAUGAAAAGGAUAACAAGGAUGGGAGCAGGAUAGCACAACUGGAGUCAGAGCUAAAAGAUAUGCAGGAUCGGUUACUCAACGUGAGUAUGCAAUAUGCAGAAGUGGAGGCUCAACGAGAAGAACUAGUUAUGGAGCUGAAAAGUGCAACUGCAAGGAAGGGACGAUGGUUCUAGGGGAUGACGAACAACUGUGCGCCAUAACCAUAAGGCCCACAGUCCACAGUACAGAUGCGUGAGUACAUCAACCAGUGUCUGUGUCCUCAUGACAACAUGGUUGUCUAAUUAUCAGGACAGAUUUUAUUGAUGUUGGAGGGUACCGGCAUUCCCAGACAAGGGCCGUGCAAGAGCCGAGUAAUUCCAAGCAAGUGCAGAACUGGAUAUGUGCUCUGAACUGCACCAGAAGCUGUACCCGCAAAAGAAUAAAAUGCCCAUGGUUCUCACUUCUCAGGUCUUAGUGAUGAAGCAAUCACAUGGCAACAACCAUUCACAGUUAGCAGUUGGGAGGCCCUACCACACUUAGUCUCAAUCAAUUGAUUAUUAGUUAUCACAAGUAUAUGUGGUGCUAGGGGAUAGCCUAAAAUUCAUCCGGUCCAUAUAACCUCACAGACCACUCUUCCCUUUACAUGGAGCCAACAUAACAGUUGGUUAGUUCAUCUUUGUAAAUUAAUAAACUGAUGAUAAGUGUAGUUUAUCUUACCGAAUUGUAUAGUUCAUCAAGUGAUAUCCUUUUGUAGGCUAAAUGUUCUUUCACAUGUAAUAUAGUAUACGCACAUAGUUUGUCGAUUAAGUACUUUGUUA